AGGAUGGAUGGGUGAAUAAGUGUUCCAUCACUGGAUCUGUUUGAUCAUCGUGACAAGUUCUAGGUAGUAGUGUAGACUAUGAACUCAUCUUUCCUUUUAAACCCCUUCCACUUCCACCGCUGCUUCGCUUAACUUUUCUCUGAACCUUUUUCCUUUAACCAUUUUACCUCCUCCUCCAGUUGCUGCUGAGAGGAAUUCUGUUUCUCCCUGCUCUCUCUCCGCGUGCGUGCGUGCGUGCUUUACCUCCUCUUCCUACGCCAGCCAGCAAACCAUCUCGCAUAAUUUAUUUGUUGUGUGUUGGAUUGUUUCACUUCUCUCUUUCUCUCUGCCGGCAAAAAAUUAAUUACUAAUCAUUCCCUUCCCUUCUCCCCCACGCCUCUUCUUUCUGUGUUUUUUUUUUCUUGCUGGUGAGUUUUUCCUGCCCCCCCCCCCCCACAUUUUUUAUAUAAACAUUUUAUUUAUUUACAUCAAGAUCGCUUUGCUUGCCUUGCGUUAUUAGAUCAAGAUUUUCUUGUUUUCUUUUAAUAUCAUAAAAUCUUGAAUCAGAUUGAAUUUGUUCUUGAUAAUUAUUGCUGCACUUUGGAUAAACAUUUAUCUCUCUAUUGAGCUAUCACUCCCGGCCUCAUCUGAUCUGAUCCGUCGCUCUUCGAUUGCUUUAUUAUGCUUCUUACUAUUCACUAAUCCAUCGUCGUUUUUUUUUUUUUUUUUUCAUUCUUCUACAAUCUGUUGUAUGCUUGCAUAAUAUAACAUAAAAGCUUUAUUCAUUUGGUCAACUGGCUUCUCAAGAGCAGAGCUGCCCAAUCCAUUCUUAGCUUCAUUUCCUCUUACUCCUCCUUUUCCAUAUUUCCUUUCUUUCCAUUUUUCCCCUUAAAUCAAAAUUAAUCUUCUUGUUUAUCCCUAACCUCAGAGCAGAGCAGAGCAGAUAAUCGCGGUUUUAUCUUAUUGAUUGAUUGAUUGUCAUCGGGAUUUUCCUUCAAGUACCGCGGAUAUGCAUGGUCAUUCUCACCAUGAUUCUGGAAAACUAGAACGAAUCAUUUCCCAUUUUCUAUUGAAGAGCUUGCACAUCAUUUUGGACUCCAGGAUUCCCUCUCUUCAUCCCCAUAAUCACCCUCGGGACUUUUGUUCCAUUUCUCAUGUUAAAAGGAGUGACAGAUGGUUCAAUUUAGCUCUUGGAGACCGCCCUGCUGCUCUAGAUAACUUGAGUUUUUGGCACAGAAAUCUCAUGGAUCCCAUGGUUAUUGAUGUAAUACUUGUUCACCAACCGUCUCCUCCAUCUUCAUCCAUGCACAAUUUGUAUAUUGACCCCGGGACAUCUGUCGAGACAGUUUUAGAGAGGUGGGUUGUUCACUAUGAGUCCCCGCGGGUUAUGCCUCCCCAAACCGCUGAAAGUUCUGCCUCUUACAAGAAGACAUAUAAGAAGUCAAUCAUACUCUUACGCUCCCUUUACUCCCACAUGAGGCUUCUCCCAGCAUACCGGAUCUUUCGUCAGCUAAGCUCAUCCAAGCAAACUUACAAUUUCGAUAUCAUUUACAAAGUUUCUUCAUUUUGCGAACCCUUUUCCAGUGCAGAUGAGGAAGUAAUGAAGGAGCUCAGUUUUGUCCCUGUUGAGGCCCUGCCUGGCAGCCUUUGUGUAUCUGUGACCUAUCGUUCAACACUAUCUGAUUUCAAGCUUGUGCCUGUCACAACUAUGCCACCAAAGAUUAUAACGGACUAUGUUGGUAGCCCUACCACUGAUCCUCUUAGGUCUUUCCCCUCUUCAGAGAAGGGAGUUGGUGCUACAUCCUUUCCCCUGAGAGGAAUGCAACCACCUGUUUCUUCUCCUUUUCAACGCCCUCAUAGCUGGACAAGCGGUUACCAUAGAGCAGCUCAUAUGAUGAACCAACCACUUGGUGGAUCUCCACCACCUUAUCGCACAUCUCGCAUGACGUGUGAUUUUCCAUCUUCUCCUACUGAUAUUUAUGGUCAAAGAGCCCAAAACUAUCGACCACCAACUCCUCAAAAGGCUACUUGUUAUGAUGAGUACCAGAUGUCCCCUCCAUUCUCACCAUUAAUGUUCCCUUCUACCCCAACACACCUCUACGAUGGUAGUCCUGUGCUAGGUUGCGUUACUUCAGAAACUGCACCCGUAACCAUUCCACUUCCUAUAUCAGGCAGAAGUUCUAGAUGCCUUUCUCCUAACUUUUCUGAUUCAAGUAGGCAUUCUCUUCCACCUUUAUCUCCCAAAAGCACAAAGCACGAUUCAUCAUCACAGGAGUCUCCUUCUGGGAUUCGAUCAUUCAAGAAAUCAGAAGCUAUAAGGUUUGCCGAGUUAAACUCUGGCAAUGUAAAUCAUUAUUCUGGUCAGAAGGUAAAAGAUAGCAAAGAUGAUUCAGGGCGCUUCUCAGGAUUGUUAUCUUCUAGUGGUUCUCCACGCAUUGGUUUUUCUAGAAGUUCAAGUAGAUUAUCUUUCCAAGAUGAUUUAGAGGAUGACGAUUUCUCAUGUCCUUUUGACGUUGAUGAUGUUGACACAUCAGAUUCCCAUGCCAGUUCCCACACUGCAGCAGUAGGGAAAAAAUCUCAAGAUGCUGCUGUUGGUAUCCUUGUUCAGAUGCUGCGGACAGCGCCUCCCCUGCAACAAGAUCCAAGUUGUUACUCAUCCCAAUCCACGAGGACUGAUGUAGAGGAAGGGAUGGGCACAGCUUCUGGGUUUUUUAUGCCAAGAAAGACAGGAGAUGCGCUAGAAGAGCUGAGGAGUUACAGAGAAAUGAAAGACCUACUACUCUCUAAGAGUGGAACUCGGGCGGUCAGCAAAGAAGAAGCUUAACUGCAGCUGGUUCUGGCGGGUUCAUUAUCUUUGAGAGACUUUGAGUUAGGAAGGGAAGCUACACGAAGGAACUGUUGUAAUCAAAAUAAUUAACAACAGAAGCUCCACCACAAUACAUUUUAUAACAUGACAGACCAUUCUGUGAAGAGAUUAACAUAUUACGGGAAUGAAUGUCGAACGCUGGCGCAAUUACGGUACCUGUUUUUGGUUCGGUUCUGUCGAGUCAGUUAAAGCAAGUUCCCGAAGGAUGAACUGCCUGCUGUAGUAAUAAAUUAUUUUAAAGAUGUAUUGGGGCUUAAAAUACCUUUUAUGUGAAAAUCUUAAGUUUGCAACAGUUAACUAACGGGUAACAAUUUAUAAGCGAGAGAGAAAGGCCACGCAUAUUUAUUAUUUCAUAAAGAAAUUCUUAUUUAA